GCAGCCCUCGCUAAAUGCAAAAACGAUGACUGUUUACUGUUUGCUGCAACUGCACAUAAAACUUAACACAGUACCGCACGUUCGUAUUUCAUUCACGUUGAAACGACACACAAGAGUGGAGUGAAUCAUGAUUCGGGUCAAUGAGUUGAACGUUAGCGUUCUUUUUUGGAUCGUGAUAUCCCUGGGGGUUGUGACACUAUUCGGACUAAGUAGCAGAGUAUCCACGCACCAGAGCAGAGCAAAUGAAGCUCAAGGUGCUGGUAUCGAUCACAUCAUGGGAAGGAAAAGACCCACGCGCCCGGGAGAUAUGGGAGCUACCGUAACGCUUGGGAGCACAGACGCAGUGAUGGGAGACUUGGUGGAGGCAGGUUACAACAUGCAGGGCUUCAAUCAGGUACUUUCGGACUUGAUAUCAGUGCGACGAAGUCUUCCGGACUAUCGCGAUGACUGGUGCAAAGAGUCAGGUCGGUUUCUGGAUGAUCUUCCCGAGACCUCGAUCGUGAUUGUGUUCUACAAUGAAGCAUGGUCAGUAUUGGUCCGAACUGUUCAUUCGAUCCUGGACCGGUCCCCACCUCAUCUAGUGAAGGAAAUUGUACUCGUGGAUGAUUUCUCAUACCUUCCGCACACGAAAACCCAGUUGGAUGAUUACUUUGAACCGUUUCCAAAGGUACGAAUUCUGCGAGCUACAGAGAGACAGGGUCUGAUUCGAGCAAAGCUACUUGGAGCAUGGAACACGACAGCCCAAAUCAUAACAUUUCUGGAUGCUCACGUUGAGUGCGAAGUUGGUUGGUUAGAGCCUCUUCUGGAUCAAGUCACCCGUAACCCAAAAACCAUUGCAAUUCCUUCGAUGGACUGGAUCCACGGUGAUACAAUGGAACUGGAUACCCAACUGUCGCAGCAUCUGUAUGGGAAAUUCGACUGGCUGGGAAAUUUCCAAUGGGAACUUCGAAGGGAGCGGAAAGAAAAGGCCGAAAAUCCGAUGGAACCGUUUCACACUCCGGUGAUGCCUGGAGGCUUGUUCAGUAUCAACAGAACAUUCUUCGCCCAUUUAGGUUGGUACGAUGAGGGAUUCGAAUUGUACGGGGGAGAACAUUUUGAGCUGUCUUUCAAGACGUGGAUGUGCGGCGGUUCAAUGCAUAUCGUUCCUUGCUCGAGGGUAGCGCAUGUCCAAAAACGGAAGCAUCCUUACGUGUCGGAAAGCUCGGAUGACGUGAUUAAACGCAACAUGGUUCGUGUAGCGGAAGUUUGGAUGGACGAAUUCGCCUUGUACUAUUAUGAAUACCUCGGGGGACCCAAGAACCGUGGAGACUUUGGAGACGUGUCUUCACGAAAACAACUGAGACAGCGAUUGAACUGCAAAUCUUUCCGUUGGUAUAUGGAGAAUGUAUUUCCGGAGCAGUUCGAUCCGGCAAAGGCUGUGGCGCGAGGGGAGUUCAGAAGUGCAGUGGAUGAAGCCAAUCAGUGCCUCGAUUGGCCGCUUUCGGACGAUGACGAAUUUGGCGUUAGUGGGUGCCAUGGUCAUGGGCACCAUCAAAUGUGGUAUUUCUCGAGUGAGGGAGAGAUUACUCGCAAGGAUCAUUGUUUGGAUUACAACGGAAAGCUAUUGAUAAUGACACGUUGCCAUCGGAUGAAGGGCAACCAAUGGUGGGAGUAUGCAGAAAAUAAGAAACAUGUGAAGCACGUGCGUACCAAUCGAUGCCUGGAGUUGAGUGAGAAGAAGCUGAAAAUGGAAAAAUGUUGUGAUUUUAAUUUAGGGCAACAGUGGAUAAUUCAGAAUUACAAUGCAAGCAAUUUGAAAAGUCAACAUUAUUAUUCAAGUAAUUAUUUGUAGCA